AUGAGCUGUGCUGUCAGGCAGGUCAUCACCACCUGUGCCCAGGGCAGGGGCAGCACGGGCAGCAACGCAGCCAGCACGGGCAGGAGGGUCUCCUCCGCCUCCUCGGGGAGACACGCUGCCUACGACCUGGGUGCUGUGGGGGGCAGCUUUUCCGGUGGCAGCCUGAGCGAGGGAUUUCUCGGGAAGCAGCUGAGCGCCGGCAGCGCGGCCGGCGGGAGCUUCGGAGCCACCCAGAGGGCUUGUUCCGCCCUGGGCUUCAGCGGUGGAGGCAUCUGCGCCCGAGGGGCUGGGGGCUUCCCCAGGGCCGGUGCUGGCUGCGGGGAUGGGAUCCUGUUCGCCAACAACGAGAAGGCCACGAUGCAGAACCUCAACGACCGCCUGGCCUCCUACCUGGACAAGGUGCGGCUCCUGGAGGGGGACAACGCCGACCUGGAGUGCAAGAUCAGGGAGUGGUACGCCAAGGUGGGGCCCAGCUGCGAGCCACGGGACUACAGCUGCUACCACAAGGAAAUCGAAGACCUUCAGAACCAGAUCCUGUGUGCAGCCAUGGAGACUAACAAAAUCCUUCUGAACAUUGAUAACAACAGGAUGACUGCUGAUGACUUCAGAGUGAAGUACGAGACCGAGUGCGGUCUCCGGCAGAACGUGGACGCCGACAUCUGCAACCUCCGGCCCGUCCUGGACCAGCUGGCCAGCUGCAAGACCGACCUGCAGCUGCAGUGCGAGGCUCUUACGGAGGAGAUGUGCUGCCUCAGGACCAACCACGAGGAGGAAAUGAGCUGUCUGAGGAAACAGGCGACCGGGGAUGUGAGCGUGGAGGUCAAUGCCUGCCCCGGCCCAGACCUCAGGAAGAUCCUGGAGGAUCUGCGGUGCCAGUACGAGACGCUGAUGGAGCGCAACCGCAAGGAGACGGAGCAGUGGUACGCCUGCAAGAUGGAGGAGGUGAAUCUGGAGGUCGUCACAAGCAGCCAGGAGAUCGAGUCAAGCAACAAGCAGGUGACGGAGCUGAGGCGGCAGCUGCAGGCCCUGGAAAUCAACGUGCAAGCCCAGCUCACCAUGAAAGAAAACCUGGAAUCCUCGCUGACGGAGACCGAGUGUCGCUACAACAAAUACCUGGCUGAGCUGCAGAGCCAGAUCUCCUGCGUGGAGCAGCGGCUGGCGGAGAUCCGAGCGGAAAUGGAGUGCCAGAACCAGGAGUACAAGACCCUCCUGGACGUCAAGUGCCGCCUGGAGCAGGAGAUCCAGACCUACCACUGCCUGCUGGAGGGCGGCCAGCACGACAUCAUAGGGUCAGCAGGAAGAGGAGUCGCUGCCACAUCAGCUGGGAGGAGCGGGGGGCUGAAAACCACUCUGUGCCAGCCCUGCCUGCCCUGAGCCCGGCACGGGCGAGGGUCUGCCAGGUCACUGCAGACCAGGGAGUCCCUCAACCCCACUGCAUGUCCCCGAGGAGCUCUGAAGAACAAGUCAUGUGGAAGAACAAGGCAAGAAUAACCUGGGUGUUCUCAGCUGUGCUCCAGCAGCAGCCGGAGGGACUCCACAGGAGCUGCUCCAAUCCCAGCACUGCCCCUCACUCGGGCUCCCCAGGGCUGUGCUGGUUGUCUGGCAGCGACCAAGGCUCGUCUCCAAUAAAACUUUGCUCCCACUGACACAGCCUUGAAACUGAGAGAUAAUUUCUGCAAGUAAACUGACAUACAAGUACUUAAAAAAUAGUUAUUGAGAUUGGUUAGAAUCCACCCUCGCUCUCCAUCCUCACAGCCGUCACUACAGCAGGGAAAGAGGAAAACAAACCAUGUCCCCAUCAGUGCUCCUGCUGAGCUCUGAGUCUGAGGAUGGGGAUGGAGGGCGAAAGAGAGGGACCAGCUGGUGCUGUGGAAAGGGAUGUUUGCUACCAGAGGAGGAAGCAUUUACUAAGACAUGAAGUUAGAAGGUGAUGUGGAAAGAAACAUCCAGGGAGGCUGGGCAGAGGGCAGGGAGGGACUCUCAGGGCUGUCUGUCUUCUACUGAAAGACCUCUGAGAGAAAAAGGAGUCUUCAUUAAAGUAGGUGUGUGCUAGUAUAAUAAAAUAUAAUAUCACAUAAUAUAAUGUAGCACACAACACCUAAGAGUUAUUACCGAUGUGCACGAACAGGAUAAAAUCAAGAACAACAAGUUUUCCCAAAUAAUUGGAGCAGGAAUUUUGAAAAGCAGGAAUUUUGAAAGCCUGGCUCUGCUGGACUGUCCACGCCCUUCUGGUGGAGGCAAACAAUUCCCAGAGAAAACACUAAACAAAGAGCCUCCAAAUGGAUUUGUUAAAAAAGGCAAACAGGAAGAACCAGCUGGCAACAUGUGGGAAGAUAAAAGGGUGAGACAAAUUAAUACGUGGGAGAGGAUUUUUUUAAAAGUGAGACACAAUAAACA